AUGGUCAUUAGCGACGUGGUGCCUAUGUGGGUUAAUGUUAUAUUUGGAUUAAAUGCUCUUGCUGGGAAGUCUUUGAAGCCUGGUUCUGUUGUUGCAGCUUGUAACUUCGCCAAUGCCAAGUCUUUUAUACGUUAUACUGUUAGCAAGAAUUACACUAUUCAUGGUUGGGAACUCGGUAAUGAAUUGUGUGGAAAAGGAAUUGGAAUAAGUAUUAGUCCAUAUCAAUAUGCUAAUGAUGCAACUAUUUUAAGAAACAUAGUUCAAGAGGUAUAUAGGGAGGUUGUGCAGAAGCCACUAAUCAUUGCACCUGGAGGCUUCUUUGAUGCAAAUUGGUUUAAGAAGUUCUUAAACAGAUCAGAGAAAUUGGCAGAUGUGGUCACCCACCACAUUUAUAACCUUGGACCAGGAGUUGAUGAUCACAUAACCGAAAAAAUUCUUGAUCCAACCUAUCUUGAUGGAGUGGCUGGCACAUUCAGCAGCCUUAAAAAUGUACUUCAAAGAUCAAGCACCACAGCUAAAGCAUGGGUUGGAGAGGCUGGUGGUGCUUGGAAUAGUGGCCAUCAUCUUGUGUCUGAUGCAUUUGUCAACAGCUUCUGGUAUUUUGACCAGCUUGGCAUGUCUGCUACUUAUAGCACUAAAACAUACUGCAGACAGACUUUGAUAGGAGGAACUACGGUUUUUAGCGCUCUUCUUUGGCAUUGACUCAUGGGAGAACGCGUCCUGUCAUGUCAACUACCUUCAAUGGAACAAAAAAGAUCAGAACUUAUGCACACUGUGCAAAUGACACUGAGUGAAGUUUUGUAUUAGUAUGAUUAUUUAUUAGUCAUGUUAUUUUGUGAAAUCUGAGUUGAUGAUACUCUCUUACAGAAGGGAAUCACAAUGCUGUUUCUCAACUUUGACAACAGCACCACUGUUCAAGCCACAGUGGCCUCAAAUUAUGCUACAAAACCUUCCCCUUCUCUUGUGGUAGAAUCACAGAGACGAGACCAUUUAACAGCAAAGGAUGGAGAUUUACAUAGCCAAAUUAUGUUACUAAAUGGAAACAUCCUAAGUGUAAACUCAGCUGGUGAUAUUCCUCCACUGAAUCCUAUAUAUGUUGACUCUUCAAAGCCAAUAACACUUGAUCCUCUCUCUAUUGUAUUUGUUCAAAUUCAAGAUACUGCUAUUACCAUUUGCAGCUAGCUAGCUCAAUAUCACUAGGUGAAACCAAAAAUAGGUUUCUCUUGGUGAUUGAUAAUAAAAUAAAACAUAGAAAUAUAAAGGAAAAAUACCACUGUUAGAUUGUUUGGAGGGUCGAGCACUAGGAUUUUGAUUGGUUUUGCAUAUUCUCAAUGCACUAUUCAGUUUAUUAUGACUAUUGUAAAUUUUAUUAUAAAUUGAAAAUGACAUUCAAUUUUG